AUGAAGCCUGAAGAUGACAAUAUAUCAAAAUUGUUCGAAAACGGAGUGGAUGAUAUUGCUUCUGUCCAUUUUGCAAGACUUCAAGAUGCAUCAAGCGUUGAAGGAUCUCCCACAGUCGCUCUUCCAGUUUACAUAACCCCAAGCACAUUUCCAGGAAAAGAGGGAGAGUUGUUGCUUAUUCCUGCCCGAAGAAUGAGUAAUUAUAAUGAGGAAACUCAAGGUGCAAACGAAAAGAAAAUGGAAAGGAGUAAUGUAGUAGAAGAUCCAGAAGAUAACGGUUGCAUUAGCGCAGUGGAAAUCGCGAAUCAGAUCCUAUCACCAAAUUGUGUCACCAGUUCAGAAUUGAAGGCUUCAGACAUUGAUAAAUUAGAUGAGAAUGUUGUGCAAAAUAUUCUCAAUGAUUCUUUUACUGGUUUGGCAGAAAGUGAUUCAGAUGGAGAGCUAAAGAACGUAAAUCCUAAAGAAGAGUUAGAGAAAUCAUCUGCCAGAGCUGUCCUCAACUCAACGUUUACUGAAAGUGAUCUUUUAAAGGCAACAGAAGAAUCACCAUUAUAUACAAGAAGUAUCCACUGCAGUGAUUCAAGCUCUAUGUUAACCAGUGUUAGUGGUGUAAGUGCUUCUGUGAAGGAAUCCUGUGCAAAAGGUUCAGUCCAAGAAAUUACAGUUAAAGCUCAUCUAGAUUGUACUGAAUCAGAAUACUGUGCUGCAGGAAGUAUCGCAAAAAUGCAGGAGAUUCUGUCUGAUACUUCGUUACAAGAAUCCAACAAUUUAAAAGAUAUGAAAACGUGA